GAUGCGUCCGCCGUAUAAAUAAUUAUAAAAACAGGGAAGUGCCGCAGAAAUUGUUCGGAGAAACCCAAGUUCUCCUCCCUGCCCAAAUGGACCUUUUCAAGCAGAUCCUGCCCGAAGUGCGGGAGGUUUUAUUAACUGCUUCGGCCCCGCAGCUCCAAACCUUCCUGGACUCCAUGCUGAGCGAAGGGAUCCUCUCCCGGGAAUAUUAUCAGACUUUGCUGGAUGAAAAAGACACCGAUGACCUGGCAAGGAAGCUCGCUCUGACCCUGCUUGGGAAACGGGCCGGGCCUUCGGAUCCCCACAGCCGCCUCCCCCCCUUGCAGCUUUCCGGCAAUGCUAGAGGACCUGCUAAGAACGGAGCGGUCUCACUGAGGACUAGAAACUGGACCGCCGCUCCCGCCCCAGAUGAGGUGAGCCCUGGAGGGAUCCCACCGGAGACCCCCUGCCUGCAGAGCGAGGCCCACCCGGCGUCGAUGGAUGAGAUGGAGGAGGCCCCUGCAGUCCAAGCGUCCGAGGCGGCCAGUGACGACCAGGACAACCCGGAGGUCUUCUACACCGUGGAGAGGGACGAAAGCGGAGAAGUCCUCUCCCUCUGCGCCGACAUGGGGGAGGCCUACGACAAAAUCGCUGCCCUGGCUGAAUAUCUGCUGAAAGACCAGCAAGACGCUCCAGCGGACGAACAUUUUGAAAGGCUCUUUUGGGAUGGGGGGGCUGCCGAAGGGCCCGGGGGCUGCGCAGAGGCCAGGAGCCGAGGCCCUUCCUCGGACGGCCCCGAAGCCAAGCGCCUGAGGCUGGCCCACCCGCCGGCUCUGUGCAUUGUAAACAGGGACCCCCUCGCCCUCCCGCUGAACCCCGGCCAGGAUGGCACCGACUCUCCACCAGAGUUCCACGUGCAAAUUUUGGUGGCCACCGUGGGGCCUGCGGGCAGAUCCCCAGAAGCGCUUGGCUCGCCCCGGGCUUUCUGCAAAGGGCUGAAGGAGCAUUUCCGCAGAGAAUGCCGUUCGGGGCCUGGGCAGCCCCUGGGACCCCUGUACCUGGAGAGGGACUUGGUGCAGCACCACCUGGACAGCAGGGGUGGGAGGAGCGCAGACCUGAGGCGGUGCCACCUGGGAGAGAAGCGCAAGGCCUCCGUGGAGAGAAGCCGCUUGUUCCAGACGGCCAGGAGAAAGGAGCCGGGCAGCAGGGUCAUCGUGGUGCUGGGGAAGGCCGGCACGGGGAAAAGCCUGCUGGUCCAGAAGGUCUGCCUGGACUGGGCCGAGGGCCUCCUGCCCCAGUUCGACUUUGUCUUCCGGUUCGACUGCCGGAGGCUGAGCCUCCUGCAGGGCACCUGCCCCGACUUCAGGUCCCUGCUCUCGGACUCCCUGGGGGGCUCCUGCCAGGGCCUCGAUGACGCCUACGCCAGCCUCCUGCGGAAGCCGGAAAGGGUCCUCCUCCUGUUUGACGGCGUGGGAGACCUGAAGGACCCCGAGGGCUCCCCCUCCGCUUCCGGGAGCCCGCCCUGCAGGGAAGCCCCCGGCCUUGGCGCCACCUUGGGCCCCCUCUUCCAACGGGAGCUGCUCAACGGCUGCACCCUCCUCCUGACCGGGCGGCCCAAGGAGAGGCUCCCCCAGUACUUCCCACGGGUGGACACCGUCCUGGAGGUGGUGGGCCUCUCCGCGGAGCAGGCCUCGCUCUGCCUGGCCCGCUCUUUGGAGGGCUCUGCCCACGCGGAGCAGCAGGCGAAGCUGAUCAGGGCCUCCCCUUACCUCUUCAGCCACUGUGGCAACCCCAGCCUCUGCCGGUUCAUCUGCCAGGCUGCGCUUGAGACCACGGUGGGAGAGCUGCCCUCCACCCUCACCGGCCUCUUCGUCACCCACCUCCUCCAGAAGGCGGCAAGCGUGGCAACAGACGGCAGAGUCUCGAGGUGCCAGGGCAUCGCUGCCUUGGCCGAGGUCUCCUGGUGUCUCGGGCAGAGGUGCCAAAGGGCCCUGUUGAGCGGGCACUUCCCUUCCGCAGCCGUGAAGGAGUUUGCGCUGAAAACGGGGCUCAUGGAGGAGCAGCGGGGCGUCUGCGCCUUCUCCAGCUUCGCGGUCCAGGAUUUCCUGCUGGCCCUGCACCUGGCUCUCUCCCAAGAGAUGAAGGGCAAGAAGCUCACCCAAUACCUGGGCUGGGGGGCCAGGGUCAGGAAAUUCCUCUCCUCGGGGGGCCUGGUGCCCCGUUUCCUGUCUGGGCUGCUCUUCUCCAAGGACGAGCUCAGCGGCCGCCUCCUCUUCGGCAAGGAAGGCGACUUGGAUGCGGAGAAGACAGUCGCCAGGAAGCAGAGGAGCCUCUCCAGAUUCAUCCGGAAACUUCCCAUUCGGGAUUUCAGUCCAGGGAAAUUGCUGGAGCUGCUCCACUGCGUCCAUGAGACCGAAGACCCCUACCUCUUGAAGCACGUGAGCCUGGAGCUGGGGCCGGACCUCUCUUUCUUGGGCUUCCCGCUGCCCCCGCCAGAUGUCAGCGUCCUGCACUCCAUCCUGAGGAGGUCCUCCAAGACCUUCUCGGUAGACCUGAGGGGCAGCUGCCUUCCCCUGGAGGGGCUCAGGAAGCUGGUUGGCCUGAAGAGCAUCUCCAAGUUCAGGGUCUCCCUGGGGGAAGCCGUGGCCCUCUGGAAGCACCUGUGGGACGUCCGGGAGAGGGAAGCACUGCAGGCGGCCAUGGAGAAGUUCCUGGUGGGGCCCUUCAGGGCCAAGACGACGGGGGACGUGGAUGCCCUUCUCGGCCUGGUGGAGCUGCAGAGAGACAUGGCGGAAGGGGAAGACGCUGAGGGUUCCAGCGCCCGCCUUAUUCCAGCCAUCGCUGGGCUCCUGCGACUGGAAUUCAGCCUCGGGCCCAGCUCUGGCUUGGAGGGAUUCCGAAAGUUGGCGGAUUCUUUGGUCGCCUUCUCGGCUCUUCAGCACUUGGACUUGGAUUCCCCUGAUGAGAACGAAAUCGGAGACAAAGGGGUGGGCUCCCUCGCCCGCGUCCUUCCUCGCUUGGCGUCUCUGGAGACCUUGAACUUGUCCCGGAACAAGAUCACCGACCAGGGCGCUGAGCUAUUGGCCGGAGCCCUCCCCGCCCUGCGUUCGCUGAAGACCCUCAGCUUGUACGAAAACAACAUUGGGGACGCGGGAGCGGAGCGCGUGGCAGAGGUGCUGCCCCAGAUGUGUGCGUUGCGGGUGCUGGACCUGCACUGCAACCAGAUUUCUGCCGCCGGAGCCCGGUGUCUGACGGAGCACUUGAGGAGAUGCCCCGGCAUCCGGAGCUUGGCGUUGUGGAACCCAAUGAUCCCUCACGGGGUUCUGGACCACCUGCAGCAGCUGGAUUCUCGGAUCAGGAGAUUUUAGGGGCCACCGGAUUCUGC